UGUGAGGAACAUUGCCGGGGCAAAGGACGAACGCAGGGCACACGGAAGUUUGCCUUUCCCAGGAUGGAUCAGAGGAAGAACUGGCCUCGGCUACUGGACUCCGACGGCUGCUCAGUGGCGUUAGUCUGCCUCUUCUUGGCAUCGCUUUCCCGGAACGUGUCCAGCAAUGCCUUGUUCAGCACCUUCCACUCCGAGAACCGGGACUGGACCUUCAACCACCUGACUGUCCACCAAGGCACCGGAGCCGUCUACGUUGGAGCCAUCAACCGGGUGUACAAGCUCUCAGGGAACCUGACCAUUCUGGUGGCUCACAAAACCGGGCCCGAGGAGGACAACAAGUCUUGCUACCCACCCCUCAUCGUGCAGCCGUGCAGCGAGAUCCUCACCCUCACCAACAAUGUCAACAAGCUGCUGAUCAUCGACUACUCGGAGAACCGGCUGCUGGCGUGCGGGAGCCUCUACCAGGGGGUCUGCAAGCUGCUGCGCCUGGACGACCUCUUCAUCCUGGUAGAGCCGUCUCACAAGAAGGAGCACUACCUCUCCAGCGUCAACAAGACGGGCACCAUGUACGGCGUGAUCGUGCGCUCCGAAGGGGAGGACGGGAAGCUCUUCAUCGGCACGGCUGUCGACGGGAAGCAGGAUUAUUUUCCCACCCUCUCCAGCCGCAAACUUCCCCGGGACCCGGAGUCAUCAGCCAUGCUGGAUUAUGAGCUGCACAGUGACUUUGUGUCUUCCCUUAUCAAAAUCCCCUCAGAUACAUUGGCCCUUGUUUCGCACUUCGACAUCUUCUAUAUCUACGGUUUUGCCAGUGGCAAUUUUGUCUAUUUUUUGACCGUGCAGCCGGAGACCCCGGAAGGAGUGUCCAUCAACUCGGCCAGCGACCUCUUCUACACGUCUCGCAUCGUCCGUCUCUGCAAAGAUGACCCCAAGUUCCAUUCCUAUGUGUCCCUGCCCUUUGGCUGUGUCCGAGGGGACACCGAGUACCGCCUCCUGCAAGCUGCCUACCUGUCCAAGCCGGGCGAGGUGCUGGCCAAGUCCCUCAAUAUCACGUCCCAGGAGGAUGUCCUCUUUGCCAUCUUCUCCAAGGGGCAGAAGCAGUACCACCACCCCCCGGACGACUCCGCGCUCUGCGUCUUCCCCAUCCGCGCCAUCAACGCGCAGAUCAAGGAGCGCCUGCAGUCCUGCUACCAGGGGGAGGGCAACCUGGAGCUCAACUGGCUGCUGGGGAAGGACGUGCAGUGCACGAAGGCGCCAGUUUCUAUUGAUGUUAAUUUUUCUCCAGGCGCUGCCGCUGGACGGGGCUCGGCGUGGAGCAGUGACGGGGCCGCGGCGUGCGGGGAGAUCAAUGUGCUAUUCCUCUAG